AUGACGAUGGUUUUACCAGUUGUUCACAAUCUACCCCAAAUCAAAACAUGCAAGCCCACACCAAUUAACACUUUCACUGGGAUUCCAGUCGUUGACCUUUCUGAUCACACCCACGCUAGUAAAAACACUAUAGUCAACGCCUGCAAAGAGUUCGGGUUCUUCAAAGUGAUCAACCAUGGUAUUUCCAUGAAUUUCUUGACAAAAUUAGAACAAGAAAUUGUCAACUUCUUCAAACUACCCCAACAAGAAAAGGACAAAUGGGGCUCUCCUAAUCCUUUCGGUUACGGUAACAAGAAUAUCGGCCUCAACGGUGAUGUCGGAUGGCUUGAAUAUCUCCUCUUCUCCACCAACCCUCAACUUCUUUCACUGAAUUCAAAGUCAAUCAUCCCAGGAGGAAUUCAAGAAUCUUUAUGGAUUCUUGUGAAUGAGUACGUAACCGCGGUGAGAAACAUGGCGUGCGAAGUUCUUGAAAUGAUAGCUGAUGAAUUGCACCUUGAGGCAAGGGACAAAUUGAGUAAGCUGAUAAGAGAUGAAAAAAGUGACUCUUGUUUUAGGCUAAACAACUAUCCGCCAUGUCCGGAUCAGCUUCAAGAAACGGGUAAUGGUCGGAGUGUGAUAGGUUUUGGCGAACACACGGACCCACAGAUUAUGUCUGUUUUAAGGUCUAACGAAGUAUCGGGCUUUCAAAUUUGUCUGAAAGACGGUGCAUGGGUCUCAAUACCACCCGAUCCCACAUCGUUUUUCCUCAACGUUGGUGAUUCUUUGCAGGUAAUGACAAAUGGGAGGUUCAAGAGUGUGAAGCACAGAGUGUUGGCCGCGGAUAAUUUGAAAUCGAGGGUUUCGAUGAUCUACUUUGGAGGGCCGCCUUUGAGUGAAAAGAUAACGCCGUUGAGUUCAAUAAUGGAAGAAGGUGAAGAAAGUUUGUACAAGGAAUAUACAUGGUCUGACUACAAGAACUCUGCUUACAAGACCAAGUUGAGUGAUAAUAGGUUGGAGAAUUUUCUCAAGUAG